UUCUGAUCAGAUUGUUGAUUCAAGGGAGAGAAUCCACUGACAUUUGAUGUCUCUUCGGGGCGUUGACGUGAUUGUAAUUUCAAGGUUUAGAAAAUGGACAGUGGAAAUGGAACUUCUGAUACUAAUGGUAACAAAUGCACUCCCUCAACUGUCCAACAGCCUGGUGAAGUUAUACGCCCGGUGGUCUUGGAGGGAAUGGUCAAAGACAUUAUCCACAAAAUGUAUGGACUGACAGUGACAGUUGUAAAGGAGCUCCCUAGCUAUGAUGACAGAAACUACUAUGUGAGGGUUGAGGACCAGCAUUCUAAUCCAUUCAUCCAACAGCUGCAGCCAGGGGGUUACCUCCUAAAAGUCAUUAACAGCAAAGAUUCAAUGAAUCCUCAAGGCCUGGAAGCACAACAUGCAUUCAUGAAAUGUCUGUUAAAGAAUAGCAUUCAAACCCAGAUGAUAAUACCAAAUAUAAAUGGAGAGGAACAGUCACUGGAGAUCAUGUCUUCCCAAACAAAUGUACAAGGUGAACUCCCCAAACAUCUGAUUGAUCUUCGUACAUUUGUACCUGGGCAAAUAAUUCAGAAGGUUCCCUACACCCAUCAGUUAUUAAUACAAGAUGGAGUUCUUAUGGCAAGGAUGGCAUGUGCUUUGAAGGAAUUUGACCACAGCUUCUACAGAGAUCGCGACAUACUUUGGUCUGUCACCAAUGUUCCACUGUUGACAAGGUACACCUUCAGUCUUCAACAUGAUGAUGAAAGAGACAUCAUAGAAGAUAUUGUGUCUGCCUUCAACACAGACGUAGUCAGCAAAUACCAGCAUCUACCAAAGGGUUACAUCCACGGAGAUCCAAAUGAACAAAACAUCCUUGUGUCUAAAGUGCCUGGAGGUGAGGACAAUGAGAUCAGUGGCAUCUUGGACUUCUCUGAUGUUGCAAACAGUUACUUAGUACUGGAUCUGGCAAUAAAUAUUGCAUACCUCAUGAUAGACUCUGAAGUCGCUGACCAGCUUGAUACUCCAGGAUAUAUUUUAGCUGGCUAUGAGAGCAUUCGACAGCUCACUCCUGUUGAAUGGGAUGUCAUUUUUGUAUGUAUCGCAGGAAGACUGGCACAGUCUCUCACUUUAGGAGCUCAUGCUAACUUUUUGGAACCCGAAAACACUUAUGUCUUGACCACUUCAAAGAAAGGAUGGCCUCUUUUGCGAAAGUUUUGGUCACAACCAAGGGACAGCAUACUCUCAAGAUGGAAAAAGAUUAUUGCUUCUUGCAGACUCAUUGACUAAGUCUGUGUUUCAAAUAGUCGGAGAUGUCCAGGCCAUGUACCAUAGACAUCUGUGGGCUAGGUAGUUGUAGAAACGUUUCAGGGAAUAGUGUGGGAAGGGAGUGUUUGUAAAUAAUACUUACUAUGCAGAACUAACCAUAAACUGAUUUAGGUGUGUAAAGUCUUAUAAACAAAAUUUUGUUCCCCAAACGUGUUUGAAUGAGGAUCUGUAUACUGUACCCGCUAUAUCUUUCAUAAAUGUUAUACAACUCUUCCCAUUUUGUCAAGGCACUAUAACAUUAUAUUGUUCAUGUGGUCUGAACGUUCACUAAGUCACAAAUCAUCUCUCAUUGUCUCUAGGUAUUGGCUUCCAUAAGCUUUUAACAAUUCCUCUUUUUCUCCUGAAGGACUUUUAGUGGUUAUUACUGUAAGGAAUUGUUCAUUGCAUCAACAUAAGUUGACAUCAAUAAUUUCUCACCUUUAUAUGUAGCAUACAUCUUGUGUUCAGUGCUUAGUUCUGGCAACAGUGUAGUGUCAUCAAACCGACAAUCUACUGGAUACUUUAGAAUAACUUGUGUAAACAUAACUGCUGCAGGACGUAUUCACUGUUCCCAGUUAUUCUAUGCCGUAUAUAUGUUUAUAUUGUCAUGGUGAAAAUUAGUAAUUCUGUAUCAGUGAGGAUGGAUUAAGGGAUUUAAGUCUGUCAUAUUCAUGGACCCACAGUAAUUAAUUGGAAACUAAUUAUAGACAAGCAGCUAUUAUCUUUGCUAAAAUCAACCUUCCAUUGUUUAUAUUGCAAUUUCAAGUUUAGUACCCGACCCCCGGUAAUCAUUCUGUAUGUCAAACAUGAUGUUCAGACAUUAUGCUACAUAAUUAGGUUAGGCACUGCAUAAUAUUAUCAGUUUACUGUAUUUUUCACGGAUAGGCCAGACGAAUUUUAUUUCUUGUUUUAUGGAUUUUGUCCUCAGAAAACCUAAAGGCAGGAGGGAAAAAACAAUAAAAUAAAAUCACCAGUCA